CUGAAAGCCGCGAACAAUGCAACGAAGGGACGGCGCAAGGGCCCGGGGAGGGGGAGGGGGCGCGGGGCGGGGCGGAGCGGGGCGGUGGAGCUUAGCUGCAGCUGGCGACUCCGGCUCUCUCAUCAGGCGGCUGGGCAAAAAGGCUCCGCGCCCGCAGCCCCGCGAACGGUGAGUGGCUGCCGCAGGCAAGAGCUCGCCCGCGUUUCCUCGCGCCGCCUAGGACCCGUGUUACAACUUGAGCGCCGGCAGCAGAGGCAGCGCCGUCUGCGACAUCUUCUCUAGCGGCUUCUCCCCAAAGUUGCUCCAGCCCCCGCGCCUUUGGAGAGAGCUGGGCUAACGUUGCCUGCGAGCCGGGAGAUCGCCGGGCGGCUGGAUUGCCUUCCGCUACUCUGAGGUGCACAACAGAACAAGAAGGAGAUAGAGAAGUCUGAAAAUUCCUUCUCCCAGGGAAGAAAAAAAAAGAGAGGAAAGAUUCAAGUUAUCACCAAGAGGCAGAAGGAUAAGCGUGGCCAGUAAAAGGUACAUGGGACAUAUAUACUAUUAGAGAUUAUCACAGACAUUCCAAGAGCUGCAUAAAAUCAAUUGGACUGCAUAGCCUGCACAAACAUGGAGGGGGAUUGUUUAAGCUGCAUGAAAUAUCUGAUGUUUGUCUUCAAUUUCUUCAUAUUUCUGGGUGGUACCUGUCUCCUGGGAGUUGGAAUCUGGGUCAUAGUUGAUCCCACAGGAUUUCGUGAGAUCGUGGCUACUAACCCUUUGCUCUUUACUGGAGCAUAUAUCAUGGUGGCUAUGGGAGCUAUGCUCUUCUUGUUGGGAUUCCUUGGUUGCUGUGGAGCGAUCCGUGAAAACAAAUGUCUUCUUCUUUUUUUCUUCAUGUUUAUUUUGCUAAUCUUCCUGGCGGAACUCUCGGCUGCAAUCUUGGCAUUUAUCUUUAGAGAAAAUCUGACCAGAGAGUUUUUUACCAAGGAACUGAAAAAGCAUUAUCAGGGGAACAAUGAAUCAGACGUCUUUUCUUCCACCUGGAACUCAGUCAUGAUCACAUUUGGGUGCUGUGGUGUCAAUGGUCCAGAAGAUUUCGAGGCAACCUCUCUUUCCAUUCUUCUGGAUUCCUAUCCUGCUGUUCCUGAAGCUUGCUGUAAACGGGAGCUCCAGUCUCGCGAUGCAGCAUUCAUCAAUAAAAAAGAAUGUUUGAAAGGAAGGGAAGUCUAUCAGAACCAACAGGGUUGUUACACUGUGAUCCUGAAUUCUCUUGAAACCUAUGUGUAUCUUGCAGGAGCUCUUGCCAUUGGGGUUUUAGCCAUCGAGCUGUUUGCUAUGAUCUUUGCUAUGUGCCUCUUUCGGGGAAUCCAGUAGGAAGUGUUUCAUGAGCCACAAAUGGUUUUUCAAGGACUUGCUUUGAAGAAGGAAAAGGAAGAAGAUAAACUUUAUUUUUCGGUUAGCAAACUAGAAAAAAGAGGGAAAGGACUGUAAUAUAUUAAUGAUCAAAAGGAUUGUACUUCAGGGGCUGGAACUUUGAGGUGCUGUCUAGUUCCUUGCCAUCUUCAAGAGGAGCCAUUCAUCUGAAGCCACUCAAAUGGAUUGCACUAAAAGCCUGCAAGACAGGACGGGAAAUGAACUCUAAUAAUAUCCAGGAUGUUGUCUGGAACACACAUCUCUCAUACAAUAAUGAUCCAUUGAUUGAGGAAGAUAAAGAAGACUACCUACUUUAAACAAGAUCUUCAUUUAAAAUCGUCUAAAGCAUUGAGAUGUAUACAGAUUACUUCAGUUUUAAGCUAAGGGGGGGGGAAUGCAUUGGGGUUUGACUUGCAAGUGUUCUACCAAGAUAGAUAGUUUUCCAUCUCAUGUGUGAUCCAGAAGAUACAAGCAUUCAGGAAUGCUUGGAAUGGAGAAUGCCUUCUCCAAGAAUCUUGAGGAUGGGGUUGUGUGUAUCAGAUGUAAUGAUGAAAAGUAGGGUAAGCUGAAAUCAAUGCAUACCAUUUUAGUGCAUACCAUUUAUCGCAUUGAAAUUUCUGAUCAGUGUUAUGUGAGAACAAAGACUAAAGCAGCUCAGCUGCUGGUUCCCUCACCUUAAAGAAAAAAAGUAUGUUCUUGUCUAGAAUUGUUGGUGCUGCCUCCCCUAAGGAGAUGUAUCUGUUUUGGGUUUUUUAGGCUUUUGAAUGUCUUGUCACCAUCAUGCUCUGUGAAAAAUACAUUGCCAAGUUUGGCCUUCAUAUAGCAAUUGAUUUAGCUUGGUGUCUUGUCUCCAUGUGCCUUUCAACUGUGUUAAAAAUAAUCCCCAACAAGCACGGAAAGCAAUGAGGCAUUUUUGCAUUUGCCUUUUGCAAAAUUUAAUUUGUAAGUUUUGUGGUGUUGCUUCUGACCUAGGCAUUCUUUGCUUAAAAAAACCCAAUAUGCUCUGAUUUAUUUUUUUUUCUUUUCAUUUUUAACUGUUGCCAAGUUUUAGCUUCAGUAGUCUAUUAUCCACUCAGCAAACACAGUCAAUAAGCCCAAGAGGCAGAACUGAAGUUCCAAGACAUACAUGUAGCAAUGUGUAAAACAUUUGAAGUACAAAGAAUUUUGAGCUUGAAACUUUCCAUUUCAAGUAGUAAAUAGUUCCUAAAAGUUUGAAAUGUUUUUCCCUGACCAUUCCAGAAGAGUCAAACUGCCCCAAAACACUUGCUUCAAACUGGGAAUAUUUUGUUCAGCCUUAAAGCCAAACCCUUCUUGUUUAAGAUCCUGAUGAAUAUGUAAAUUAGAGUGAAAUUGCAUUAUUUACUGAAUGUUGGACAAAGAUGUAAACUGGCAAAAUAAUAUGAUGUGACACUUUUGAAAAAGAUGGUAACCUACUACUAAAAAUAUGAAUAGGAUUUGGUGACAUAGGAUGCCAAAGAUGAGAUGUUGAGAAUCCCUGUUGAAAGCAACAAUAAUAAGGUGUUCAUCUAGAAGUAAUAAUCUCCACAAGUAUAGCUUGGGGGAAAAAAUUCAGCAAGUAUUAUUGGAUAUGAGAUGAAAACAUGCUAGAACAAUCAUAGUUGUCUUGACUGUUUGGUUAAUUAACAUAUGAUAAGUUAAAUCUCAGUGUAGUUUUUGACAAUCUAUCAAACAUGGUUUCAGUGUUACUUUGUUAAGUUCUGUGCAUUUAGAAUUCAUGAUGGCUUCCAAACAUGAGCAAACCAGGUUUGCAGGAUUUGAAGAACUGUGUUAGUUGGUCCCAUCUAGAGAUAAUACAUGAAAGGCAUUUUGUUAGUGGGGGGAACAGAAUUCUGUUUGAACAGGGAUGCUAGGCAAAGAGACAUAACAAGGGUGGGGGGUGAAGGUGACCUGUGAUUUGGUAACCUAUUAUUGGCUGCUGUGAUGGAACAGAUCCAGCCAAUGAGCUGCAGCUGAUUAGUGGUUGUUUAAUUCCAACUACCUAAGCCAACAGGAAGCUCUAGUUUACGUGGUGGUUUUCCAAUUUCUGACUCAUUCUGCUAUCUCCUGUUUGCUCUCCAAUUUGAACAUUUUUCUGCCCUUUCCUUUCAUUACUUCAGCACAGGCACUCAUGAUAAUCCCAAAGAAAAUCCUAAACAAUGACACAGAGCUAGCUGUCUGGGUAGUCAAGUCUAAUCUAUUGUUUAGUAAUGGCUUAGUCUAGCUUUUGUUUAAGCAAUCCCAGUGAAAGGGAGGCCACCACUUCCUUGGCACAGAAAAUUGGGAGUCAAUUGUUUUACAAAAUAAGGGGAAUUACCUUGCUGGCUUCAAAGAUACCUGCAAAAAUAUCUGACACUUACCGCAAAACCAUACUAAUGGAGAGAAAAAAAUGUAUUUAUAUAAGAGAAUUAUUGAAAGUAAUGCUAUUUUUGACCAAGUAUGCAGUCAGAAAAACCUAAUUAGCAUUUUUGUGCUGUCAGAAUUGCAAAAUUCAUUUUAGAAUAGUCAAGGAUUGGAAGACUUGAUUUCCUGUUCUCUGUUUAGUUGGAGUUAGGCUGCAGCUGUUAGGUCCUAAAUAUCAUUUGUUUGGUUUAGGCCUAGCAGAUCUGAUUAAACUGAGCCAUUUUGGUUCAUAAACCUUAGUGUAUUCUGGGAAACCAGCAAAAUAUAGAUUUGUGCUUCAACAAUCCAUAACUUGGCAUGAUACAUGAACCAACCCUUCCAGCAAAUUCCAAAUUGCAUCAUCUCUCUUCCUGAUCUGGAAAUAGAUUAAAGGGCAAAUUCUGUUCCAAAUGAACUUGUGCCUGAGCUGAUCAUCCCUUUGUCACUAAUCUUUUUAGGAAGAAGGGAUGACAUAUUACAUGUUCUUCUACACAAGCUUAAGUGAAAUGGAUAUAUGUGGCUAAACCCCUGCAUAGAUUGUAUGCUUCAAAUGGAGUUUGUCCAGAAGAAUUUGGGUCAGGGCUGUCUCCUUAUGUUUGUGUUUGUGACUCUAGAUCCACCCAAGUAUUUCUCACUUUCUGUGAUUGUCACUGUUGCAAGUGCCUGGGAAGCAGGUCACUUAUAAAGUAAAUGUUGAGAUCUAUUUUAAAUGUUCCUUUUAUUAGAAGGCUAGAGCUAAUUUAACUUGUAUUCCUUAUUGUAAUGCUUUUUAUAUUGAAAGGGAUUUUUUGUAACAUAAAAAUAGGAUGCUAUUCUGAAGCAUUUGCACAGUUUCUGUGUGCAUUUCUUAAAAAACGAAAAUACAAAAAUAAAGACACUGUGACAACAAAGCUUUACUUUCCACAAUUCCAUGGCUUCUGUGUUUUUCUUUUUGAAAUUGAAGUGUAAUCGCCUUUUUCCUGAGGGGAAAAAAGAGGGUCAAAAUCCAGACAGUAGAACUUGUUAUUUUGAGUUGAAAAUAUAGAAAAUUAGACCGUGUCCUGUUCCGGAUUAUGAAAUCCAAUAUAAUCACCCAGUUUUUUUGAGUUAAGAUUGGGUUAGCUCUUACUUUUCAGAGCUCACACAAGAUAUUUUGACUUUUUGAAAGCAUUUAUGCAUUCACCGUUAAAAGCCUGCAGGAAGUCAGUAUGUAUAAGGUACAUUGAAGACAUUUUUGAAUUCACAAUUGUUUUUAGAUUGUCAAGUUCAUUUGAAUAAAGUUGGCACAGGAUGGAGUUUAUCUUAA